AUGCCGUCAAAAUACUUGAUUUUACUCAGCUUCCUUGUGCUAUUAAUAUUUUCCAUUGAUUCCAAACCGGUUGAGGACCAGAAAACCCAAAUAGCCGAAGCAAAUAACAAUGUUAAAGAUACAAGCAUAAGUGAGAUUUUACGUAACCUAACAUUCAACCCAUUUUCCCCAGAUUUUAAAUGGAUCAAUUAUAAUAUAGCUGCAGUUACAACAGGAACUGUUAUUAUAAUAGCAGGGCUUGCUAUGGUAAUAACAAUUUUCUUCCCAAUUUAUGCGUAUAAAAUAUGUUAUGCCCUUGGUGGUUGCCAAAACACCCUGGACCAAUACGUCGAUAGGUUUAUAGGGGUGCAAGGACGCACCAGAAGGAUAAAACGCAGAGAAAUAGAACAGAACAAUGAUAAUAUGGAUUUUGCAUUGCAUUUAUUAAAAAUGGCCAUGGAUACUUAUAGCAGUAAAAAAGAAAAUGAAGAACCUUACUCUAACGUUAUGAGUGUAAACGCUCCGUCUUCCAAUAUCAACGAUGAUGUUUCGAAGAAAAUUGAAAAGCGAUCACCAUUGGACUAUAUUGCGCCCAUUUUGGAACUGACCUCGCGAGCCUACAAUGAAUUCGUCGAUUCUGAUCUAAAAAAAAACUUCAAGAAACCGCCAUCCAUAAGUUAGUCAUUUUAGCGAAAUUUGUACCAAUCAUGGUCAGUUAUAUAAAAAAGAUUUUUGCUCUGUACGAUUUGGUAUUGACUAUCCUGGAAAGUUCCUUAAAGUUGUAUGAUGUUUUUUUAGAUGUAUACGUGUAACAAAA